CUGUUUACUGAUUUGUUGUGAUGAUAGUAUGUAUGGAUAUGAUAUGAAUGUCUAGAUUGCUGUAUUAGAAACAGAAGAAGGGUUCGUGAAAGUUGGAAGUCGGAACAUCCUUCAAUCAAUCCUCCAUCCAUCCCUAUUGUUCCUUCAUCUUUCUUCUCAAAACCAAAAAAAAUGCAGAUGAAUUGAGGGAUAAAUGGAUAUACAAAAAAAAUCCCUCGUUUUACCUCCGAUUAUAAUGUCUUCUCAUUCUCCCAACCACCAAAAUACCAGCACGGCAACUGCUACACUUCACCCAUCGCAAGCCCAAUUAUCCCAUCAGAAGGCUUAUCCUCCACCUGAGGCUAAGUAUGAGGAAAUCGCUCAAAACCCAGAUGCUUUCUUGGAAAAGCUUAAAGGGUUUCACGGUGCCUCUGGUACCAAGUUCAAGGUUCCUACUAUAGGAGGAAGGGCUCUUGAUCUAUACCGCCUCUUUCUAGAAGUCACAACUCGAGGUGGCAUUGAAAAGGUUAUCAGAGAUCGCAAAUGGAAGGAAGUGACUUCAGCCUUCAGUUUCCCAUCAACAAUAACCAGUGCAUCAUUUGUCUUGAGGAAGUACUACCUAUUGUUGCUUUAUCACUUUGAGCAGGCUUAUUACUUCCGGAAAGAAGUUCCUUCCAUUCUCAAUGAUUCUACAAGCAGGAACUUAGUUGAUGAAUCCGCAAUCCCACAUGGGCUUGGGGAUGGUGCCUCUACAAAUCAGCUGCCAGUGAGUUUUAUCUUGGAUCCUGGCAGUUCAGUCAUUGGAACCAUUGAUGCAAAAUUUGACAGUGGCUAUCUGGUUACUGUCAAAUUGGGUUCUGAGAAGCUGAAAGGCGUCCUUUAUCAUACUCCUUUGUCAUUGCACACAUCUAAGAGCUAUAAGACAUCAGCUGUCCAUCCUAACCGGAACCGCAAAAGAUACCAGCUGGCAUCAAGGGAUCCCUCUCGUCCUAAGCCAAAUAGGAGCGGUUACAACUUCUUCUUUUCUGAGCAUUACACUAGGCUAAAGCCUUUGUACCAUGGGAAGGAAAAAGCUAUUGCCAAGAAAAUUGCAAUUUUAUGGAGCAGACUCACAGAUUCUGAAAAACAGGUUUAUCAGGACAAAGGGUUGAGAGACAAGGAGAGGUACAAGAGUGAGAUGCUGGAGUACAGCAGUAGGUCCUCCAACAACAAUGCACCAGCAGCACCAGCAGCAGCUCCAUAACCAUAAUAGACGUAGAGGAGGAGGAGGAGGAUAGUUUAACGUAUGCAUCUCUGUUUUGAUGAUGAUAGUUGUUUCUUACUAUAUUUAUCGUGGGUCGGAAGCAGCAACAGCAGCAGUACCUCAUGCUCGUAUCGAUGUGUAUUUAAUUUCUGUUCAUUUUCAAUUCACAAAUCCUGCAGGUUUCGAUCAUACCAUUGGGAAUUCGGAUUAGGCUGUUGGGUUACAUUAAGCUAGUGUUUUAAGUUUUUGUUUUCGUUUCGAAACUAAAAACAACUUCCAACA